UGACCGUGUUGCAGCAGUGUUCCUUGCCUCUUGCCUUCCAUGGAGCUCCCCAUCGAAGACUACCGCCGGUACGGGCGGCAGAUGAUCCUCGAUGGAUUCGGUCUCCCAGGUCAGCUCAAGCUCCGGAAUUCGUCCGUCGUCGUCGUAGGCGCCGGUGGACUCGGAUGUCCAGCCCUUCAGUAUCUGGGUGCAGCAGGAUUUGGAAGAAUAGGCAUCAUCGACCACGAUGUCGUAGAAGUAUCCAAUCUACAACGACAGAUUCUGCACAAUGAAAGUACCAUUGGACUUCCCAAGGCUGAAUCUGCAGCAGAGUCACUUCGACGACUGAAUUCUCGCCUGAACCUGGACGUGAUAAUCGAAGCCUUGACGCCACAAAAUGCACUUCAUCUUCUGCAGCCAUACGACAUCAUCCUCGACUGCACAGACAAUGCACCGACACGGUAUCUACUCUCAGACACUGCGGUCGCACUCGGUAAACCACUCGUGAGUGGGGCUGCUCAGAAAUUUGAGGGACAGCUCUGUUGCUACAAUCUUGGCCCCGACGGUCCUUGCUACCGGUGUCUGUUCCCAACGCCUCCAGCCUCAGAAACAGUGGGGACAUGCGCAGAGACAGGAAUCCUCGGUGCAGUAACUGGCGUCAUUGGCAACAUGCAAGCAUUGGAGGCCAUCAAAAUCGCUACUGGUUUACACGACCAGAAACCAUCUCUCCUCGUUUUCUCCGCCCUGGGUUCACCCCCGUUCCGUAGCAUCAAACUUCGGUCGCGCAGGGCUAGCUGUCCUGUAUGUGGGACAGAAGGAGAGGAGGUUGGUGAAAUCAAAGAUAUCGACUACGUUCAGUUCUGUGGAGGUGCUGCUCCGGACUGGGAGAGCCGCGGGAUGAUUGAAGGACGAUCCGACCGGCGGAUACGCGUUCAAGACUUUAAUGAUGUAUUAGCAAAGAAAAAGGUCAAGAUCAUCGAUGUUCGACCUCCAACAGAAUUUGGGAUUUGUCGGUUACCUUAUUCAAUAAAUGUUCCUCUCAGCGUCCUUGUUGCCAACCCUGCCGAGCAGCUUCCAAGCGACAAUGAAACAGAGACAUAUAUCGUAUGUCGUCUCGGCAAUGAUUCACAGAUAGGUGCGGACGCCCUACGAAGCGUCCGAACUGGCAGCUCCAUGUCCAUCAAAGAUGUUAUUGGAGGUCUUCGCGCUUGGUCAAGAGACAUUGAUAGAACAUUUCCAGUGUACUGAUCUAUUCCAUUCCUACAUACAUUUACAAUACAUUUAUAAUAAGCGUUAUGUACUUGAUCUAAUUAAGCUAUUUCUCUAAG